UGGGUCUCUGUUUCCUCCGUUGAAAUUUGAAUUUUCCCAAAGAGAAGAACCCAAACAGUUCGUGACCGAUAAAGGAGCCUCGCGCCCAAAGUUUUAAGACAUGAGCUGGGCGGUGGAGGAGUGGAAAGAUGGACUGCCAGGGAAAGCCCUGCAGAAGAUCCAGGAGAUGGAAAGCCAGCUGGACAAACUUAAGAAGGAAAAGACGCAGAAGCAGUUUCAGCUGGACUCCUUAGAAGCUGCCCUUCAAAAACAGAAACAAAAGGUGGACAGUGAACGUACAGAGAUCUCUGCUUUGAAAAGAGAAAACCAGUCUCUAGUAGAGUCAUGUGACUCCCUGGAGAAAGCUCGUCAGAAGACCGUCCAUGACCUUGGAGUCAAAGAGCAGCAGGUGAGCUACUUGGAGGGCCAACUUAACUCCUGCAGGAAGACUAUAGAUCGACUGGAGCAGGAACUCAAGAAGUACAAAAAUGAGCUGGAUCGUUCUCAACCUGCCGGUGCUUCAGCCUUGUCAUCCUCCUCCUCUGAGCUGCCUCCAUACACCACUCCACAAAAGAGUUUCUCCACUCCAGCACCUGUCCCAGCCUACAGACACCAGGAUAAUAAACUAGAGGAGCUUCAGGAGAAAUACAACCAAGAGGUGGAAGAAAGAAAACGUCUCGAAACUGAACUCAAAGUUUUGCAGGUCAAACUGUUGAGUCAGCCAUCAGUCGGUGUUAGCCACAAGGACAUUGCAGCCCGCCAAGCUGGAUCUUCCAUAUUCCCAUGGCAACAGCAGGAUCAGGUCAAUAGCCGCCAUUCUCAGCAUUCUCAGGAUGUGAUGGAAACGCCUCUGAAGAGACGAGCGACGUCACUCUGGGAUGCCCAUGAGGAGACGCCAAUCAAACCCAACCAGCGGAUGAGCGUCUCCACUCCCAGUGGAUCCUCCCAUCAGAUGGAGCAGCUAAAGACUCUUAAUCAAGAGCUGCGUGGCCGUGUGUCAGAGCUAGAGAGAAAUCUGUCCAAUCAGGAGAAGGACAUUCGUAAUCAAGCUUCCAAACUUCAAGAACUACAAACUCAGCUGAACCAGGCCCGCAAAGACCUGACUGAGCGGGACAAAGACCUGGCCAAGACCAGUCAUGAGCUGAGUCAGGCAAGAGACGGACACCAGCAGCUUCAGGCAAAAUGCUCGUCAGUUGAACAGAAACUGAAACAAGUCACUGAGGAGAUGAGCUGUCAGAUGCACAAUGCUGAAAGCUGCAAACGAGCCCUGGAGCAGAAGCUUAAAGACCAAGAGAGAAACAGCCAAAAGGAGCUUGGCCAGCUUCAGAGUUCGCACCAGGCUUUGGAUCAGCAGCUGAACCAGACUAGAACCAAGCUAACGCAAGAGAUCCAACAGGCCAAAAAAGAGUACAAUGUACUGCAAGCUGACAUGGAGAAGAUGCGUCUCCAGAAGAGUCAGGUGGAGAAAGAUGUAGAUGAGCUAAAACAGAAAUUGCUGCGGUCUGAACAAAGUCAGCAAGCUAGCCAGACCAAAGAACAAGACCUCCGCAAGAAGAUGGAAGAGCUGCAAAAGGAGAAGAACAGUGUAACUGUCCAGUUGGACCAGAGCAACAGGCGCCUGUCUCAACUGGAAGAAGAGAAGAAGAGUUCAGAGCAGACUCUCAAACGCUCCCAGGGACUUCUAGAUGACCUCAAAGCCAAAUCAGAAGGACAGGCAGAAGAGCUGAAGAGACUCCAGAUUAAACUGGAGCAGCAGACUCAGGCUUCAGCACGGGAGCUGGAAAACCUGAAGAAAACACUCUCUGAUGCAGAGACCAGAAACAACAAAUCUCAGAAUGACCUUCAGAAACAGAAACAAGAGACAGAGGAGCUGUGCAACAGGUUGACAGUCAAAGAGACAGAGAACCAAGAGCUGAAAUCCAAUCUCAUUGCAAGCCAGAACGAGUGUAAAGCACUGACACAGGAACAUCAAGCUCUGCUGGAGUGGAAAAAAGAGAAGGAGACCUUGAUUAAUGAAACUGAAGCUGUGCAAAAGGAGCUUACUGACAAAAUUAUCAGCUUGGAGAGCAGUCUCAGCUCACUGAAUGAGGCUAAUGGGGAGCUACAGAACAGGCUUGUAUGCAUGGAGGACGACAACGCCAGUCUGUCUGCUCACAUUGAUUCCCUGAAGGGAGAACUACUCAACAAGAGCACGGAGCUGGAGGAGAAGGAGCAUCAGUACAAGGAGCUUCAGUCUCAGUUCUCUGAGGCUGGGAAGAAACACAUCAAAGACCUAGAAAAUGUUGGCGUGCAAGUGGCUCAACUUGAAGCACAGGUUAAGGAAUUAGAAUCCCGGUUGCAGAAGGAAAUUACUCGAGCAGAGCUUGCUGAGAGAACAAACACAGAGCUGCAGGAUGAGCACCAGGCAGCUUGUGACCUGGUGCGCUCUAAAGACCAGCUGGUGGAGCUGGGCCAGGCUGAGGUCAGCCAGCUGCGGGAAAGCCUUGAACAGGCCACUGCACAGCAGGAGGAUCUAAAUACCAGGUUUGCAGAGGAGAGGUCAGCUCUACUAAAGCAAUGUGAGGAGAAGGUUUUAGCAAAGACUGAAGAGGUUGGGGACAUCAGGCUUCUGUUGGAGGAGGCCCAGCAGGAACUGCUGCUCAGCAAAAACCAGAUCACUUCCAUGGAGCAGUUCUUGAGAGUCCAGGAGCAGCUGGUGGCUGAGCUGCAGAAAGAAGCUAAGACCAUUUCAAGUAGGGAAGAGGAGCUCAGAAAGGUGUAUGAAAGUAAAUCAGACGAGCUCAAACAGUUGGAAAAGGACCUGAAGGAUCAGCAGAGCCAGACUGAGGAAAAAGAGAAGAAGCUCAGAGAGGCUGAAGCUCAGCUUGUGUCUGCAGAAAAACUAAAAUCUGAGCUGGAAAACACAGUUCAAGAGAUGAAGAAAGAAGCGGAGAUCCUUCAGGACAAUCAGAUUAUGAGGACCAACAAUCUGCUGGAGCAAAUUUCUUUCUUAGAAGAAAAGGUAGCUGCUAAUAAAGAUGCAGCAGAGAAGCUUCCAGUCUUGCAGAGUGAACUGGAUGUGGCGAAUCAAUCCCUCGCUGACCUUAACAAGUCUCUACAAGAUCUUCAGGAGAGUCUCUCCUCUGCAAGUGAAAUUAAAACCAACUUGGAGAGCACUCUGCUUGAGAAAAUGAAACUGAUGUCGGCUUUAGAGAAGGAGAUCAAAGAUCUAACUGAGAAGAUGAGUAAAGAGUCAGAGAGCCACACUUUGGAGAUUGAAAACUUCACCAUUAAAGAGAAGAGCCUCAAAGAGCAGCUUGAAUCCUCUAAGAAAUCAUUAGCCGCUGCCAAGACAGAAGCAAGUUCCCGUCGCGAGGAGAUCAGAACCAUGAAGACGACUCUGUCUGCCGCGUCACGUGGUUUAGAAGAGAGGGACAACACGAUUAAAAAUUUGAAGGAGAAGCUGAAUAAAACAGAAGCAGAACAGGUCAAAACCUCUGAUCUCCUGAAGGAAAAGACUGUCGCCAUGAACAAAAUCAAGGUGCAACUGGAGAUGCUGCAGAUGGACCUAGAAGAUAACGAGACAGCCAUGAACUCUGUUGACAGUCAUGUGGAGGAACUUAAAGGAACUAUAGCAUCACUGGAAGCCCAGCUUGCUCAAAACCAGACCCAGAUGUCUGACAUGGAGAUCAGGCUGGAGGAAAGCAAAGCUCAGGUCUCUGUUUUGGAAAACCGUUUAGAUGAGGUCCAAUCCCAGAGCUCUCUGCUGGAGACAAAAUACAUCACAGCCAAGGAGGAGUUGUUUGAGAGGACCUGUGAAAUAACUCGCAUGGAGGAGGACUCUGUCAGACGGCAGCAGCUGGAAGAGAGCGUUGCUAUGUUAGAGUCUAAACUCGGUUACAUUACAAAAGAAAAUGCUAGUUUAGAGGAAAGUUUCAGGCAGAUAAUUCAGGACAAAGACAACAAUCUCACCGAGUUACUUCAGGAAAAGACCAGCCUUGAACUUUCAUUGAAGCAGUUAUCGGAUGACAAAAAAGAAGUUGAAACUGAAAUAAUUCAAGUAAAUGCAGAGAAGAAACACCUGGAAGCUAGAGUAGAAGAGUUAUAUGAAGAAAUCACACGGCUGCAGACUAACGUUGAGCAGCUAGCUGAGGAAAAGCAGCAAAUGACUGCAGAAAUACACAAGGCUGAAUCAGCCUUGAGUCUGGUCAACGAAGAGAAAACCCAGCUAGAUGUUACCUUGAGUCUGUUGAAGGAGGAAAAAGCCCAACUUAAAGAUAAAUGCCUUGCAUUAACUUCUGAAAAAAGUGACUUGGCUACUAACUUGAAUCAGCUAAUGGAGGAAAAGUUUCAGCAGGAAUUUAGUUAUGCUCAGCUGUCUGAGGAAAACGUCAAACUACAGUCUAGUUUGAAUGAAAUAGUUGAAAUGAAUCAUCAAUUACAGACAAGCAGAGAGAGGCAUGAGGAUGAGAUGGUUUCUCUCAGAGAGGAGAAUGAAUGUGUCCAGCGCUCCCUGCUGUCCUCAGAACAAGAGCGGCAGAGUCUGAAGGAGCAGCUUGAGAUGAGGGAUGGGAGGACUGAGGAAGAGAGCAAGCAGUGGAGUCAGCAGUUUGAGGCAGAACAGGAUGAACUUCACCAGAAGCUUGCAGUCUUGCAAAAAGAGCUAACUAUGUUCAAGCAGCAGUACGAGUCACUGCUGGAAAAAGUGGGCCAACAACAUAGUCUCAUACAGCAGCUCUCAGCGUCACAGAAAACUCAGAGCACAGCAGAAAAAAGCAGCCACCUCGGCCCAGAAGAUGCCAAAAGUUGUGAAAUCACCCCAAGGGAGGCUGAGUUUGAUCCCAGCAUCAGUGACUGUACUGAGUCCCUUCCCUUAAAGGACCAGCAUCUGGUGUCUGAACUGCGUGACGGUUCUCACCAGACUUUCAGAUGUCCCUAUGUGCCCGGUAGUGAGGCAAAACUGGUCUUCAGUGUGGAUGCCACUGAGCAAGAGAUGAUCCAGGAGGAGGAGAAGGAGGCAUUUGAAGCUGAUGUAGAGGAAAUGAAGAGCAAUGAAGAGGACCAGGCACUUCAUCAACAGGUUUCUGAAGACAGCUGUAGUCCCAGAGAUGUUCUUGCAUAUGAGCCUGAAAUCUGCAAUUUGUCUUCAUCUCCUGAACCAUUCCCUGUACAAGACCUUAACCAUUACAAAGAAAUGCUCUCACAAAAAGAGAAUGAACUUGUGACCCUUCGCUCAGAGUUUGACCUUCUUAGCUCUGACCUUGAGCUGAGAAACGAACUCAACUCUGAAAUGAAAGUCCAAGUUCAAAACCUGGAAAAGAAAACUCGUGCUACAGAAGAAGAAGCAUGCACUGCAGGACAUCAGCUGAGCAUUGCUUUGGAGGAGAAGAAGAGUCUGGUUGGGGAGUUAACUCAACUGUCAGAGGAAAAAGAGACAUUGACUUUACAGCUGCAAACGGCUAAAUGUCAGCUGGCUGAUGUGAUGGAGAUGCUGGAAGGACUUGAGAUGACCAAAGGUGGAUGGGAUGAGAAGUUUCUUCAGCAGGAGAGUGAGUUAAAGAGAGUUCGCUCUGAAAAAGCAAACCUGGAGCAGCACAUCCUGGGGAUGGAGUCUGAGCUGGAGACCAUGCAGGUGGAGAGUGCCAGGCUUAAAGAUGAUUUGGGGACCCAAAAGAGGACUUGCUCAGGCAUGGACAAACAGAUAGAAACACUUAUGACAGAGACAACCCAGCUGAGAUCAGAAAUUGUGGCCUGCUCUGAAGAUCGGGAUGAGUUGAGUCAGUCUUUGGACCAGUGGAAAGAGAAAGUUCAUAGUUUGGAGAAGACUAACUGUGACACCAGAAACUUGAUAUCCAUCCUGGAGGAUGACAUCAGAGCUGGAAGAAAGGAGUAUGAAGCCCUUCAAAGCAGCAUGGAGAAACUGAAAGCUGAGAGGGAUCAGAUGUUGGAGCAGAUUAAGGUGCUGGAGGAGGCAGUAUCUCAACAACACGGAGAAAGAGAGGAGCUACUUGGCCGUCUUAACCAAAUAAAAGAUGAUCGCACCUCUGCCAGUCAAAACACUGAGUCCAUGGUCGGCAAGAUACAGGCUUUAGAGGGAGAAGUAUGCCGUCUUUCACAGUCUUUGGAGUCCUCUCUGCUUGAAAAAGGAGAAAUUGCUUCUCGACUGAAUUCCACUCAAGAUGAAGUCCAGCAGAUGAGGACUGGCAUUGAAAAGCUUCGGGUUCGCAUUGAGUCAGAUGAGAGAAAGAAAAGGAAGAUGGGAGAACUGAUCAAAGAUGCCCAGAGAAAGUCUGACUCCCUGCAGGAUCGCAUUGAUGCUCUGGAGCGAGAGAAGGAGGAUUUAGAGCAUAGUCUGGAGGAAGCUGUGCUGCAGGCUGAAACAGUCCAAGCAGAGCUAGAGGAGGAGAGAAGAAAGGUGGAGGAGGAGAAGAAAGAGCUUAAUGAGAAAUUGUCUGAGCUCUCUGCAACACUGGACAACCUCAAGUCUGAGAAGGCACAGAUGGAGAGAGAGCUGGAAAUAAAAAAACAAGAGGUAGAAGAGCUAAAGGCAGUCAAGGAUGAACUGGAAAGAGGACUGGAGAAGGCAGAGCUGGAUAGAAGAGAAGAAGAAGAAAGACAGAAAUCUAGAGUCGAGGAACUGGAGAACAGAAUGAGAGAAGAAACUGAAAAACAAAUCAGACAAGUUGAUCACCUCCAGGCACAGCUGGAAGCCUCUCAGCAGAGAGAGGUUUUAAUUAAACAGAGGAGUGCUGAAACAGAAGAAGAAAAGGUGAAGAUGCAGUCUGUGUUGGCAGAGCUGGAAAAAGAAAAACUAUGCCUGCUGAGUUCUCUGCAGGAGAGGCAGACUGAUGUAGAGGAAUGGGAUAUGGAAAGAAACAACCUAAAGACCCAAACUGAGUCUUUGGGAAAAGAAAUAAAGGUGCUUAAAGAACUCAUAACAGUUAAAGAGGAAGAGAUACAUACUUUGGAAAAGGAGAGGGAGAAGGAAGCAGACCAGAGGCAAGCUUCGCAAGAAUCAAUCUUAUCUCUUACAGCUGAGAAAGAACAGCUGGAAGGAGUAAACAAACAACUGAUGGAGGAAAAAGAGCAACUGCACUCGAGCCUGAUGUCAUUGGAGCAGGAGAGGGAUAACCUGCGCUGCACUCUAAUAUCUGUAGAAGAGGAGAAAGGCAGAAUAGUUCAGGAGACAAGUGUGUUAGUAGAUGAGAGAGUGAAGCUUCAAUCAAACCUCUCCUUAAUAGAGAAGGAGAUGCAUGACUUGAAACAAACUCUUUCCUUAUUAGAGGAAACAAAGGGGACAGUAGAGCAAGAGAAACAGAAGCUGGAGGUUGAAAAGCAAGAACUGCAGUCUUCCCUCGAUUUGGUUCAAGACGAGAAGCAGAAACUCUCCUCGGCGCUCUCUUUGCUGGAACAAGAGAAGCAGCAGGUAGAAGAUGUGAAAGAGAAGCUUACGGAAGAACAUGAGAGUCUUCAGACAACUGUUGCUUCUAUGGAGAAGGAAUUGGAAACACACAAGCAGUCUAGCUCACAACUCAGUGAACAGGUGUCGGAGAUAACAUCUCGUGCAGCUCGUUUGUCUAAAGAGAGAGACUCUGCCUUGAGCAAGAUGAGCCUGUGGAUGAAGACCUGCAAACAGCUGGAGCAGGAGAAUCAAAUGAUGUUAAGCAGCUCAGGAGAAGGAAAGAACACUGAGAAGGUGCAGGCCGAGGUGACCCAGCUGAGGACAGAAGCAGAGGAGAUGAGGAAAGAAGUGGAAGACCUAAAGAGUACCGUGGAGAUGAAGAGCACUGAGGCUGAAGAAAAAAGCAAAGCGCUGAAGGAACUGACAGCCACCCUCGAUGAAAAGAAAAAGGAAAUGGAGGAGAAGGACCGAGAGUUGGAGGAGAGCAAGAGGAAGCUGGAUGAUCUGAACAAACUUCUUGAGGAGAAAAGCAGAGAGGCUGAUGAGAGCAUGGACAAAUACUGCAGCCUGAUUGUUAAAGUCCACAAACUGGAAGAGUCCAACGAUGCACUGAAAACACGACUGCAGCAGGUUUCUGCUAAUCAACAUGCUAAUGAAACCAACAGCCACACUAGCAUCACUGACAGCCGCCGGCGUUCAUCAAGGAAGUCUUCCUCCAAACACCAGGAAGAAAAAACAGAGGCCAACACUGAAAACUUGGCUCCCUUAACAGCUCACACUUCCCCUCAGGUGUCCUCGGGAAAACGAGGUCAUCGGGACAUGAGUGACAAAGACAGUGCCCAGGAGGCCCUGCACAAUCUAACAAAGAAGAUUAAAGCUAACGCCAUAACUACACCCAAAUCAAAAUCUGAGCAGGAAGAUGAAGAGUUCAGACCAGAGGGACUUCCUGAGCUGGUGCAGAAAGGGUUUGCUGAUAUUCCUCUGGGGGAGGCGAGUCCAUUCAUCAUUAGGAGAACCACUACAAGGCGAUGCAGUCCUCGGCUGGCCGCCAAGCAGACUGUACCUGAUGGCAAGGUUUUGGGGCUCAAAGCUCUCCAGAGUCCCUCAGCUGGUAUGUCAACAGACACGUCUAGCAGGACAGGCCUGUCCCCGGGUAACAAGGAGAAACCUUUGCAUUGUUCACUGAGUUUGCAAAAGGAAUUGGAGUGCAGAGAGAAGCAACCACAACAAGAAGACAACUGUCACGUCCAGUAGAUCAGAUUACACAUAAACUUGUUCAUAGACUAACGUGCACAACAUAUUAGCACUGAUUCUUCUGUCUUUUUUUUUUUUUUAAGACAUAUUUCUAAACAUCUUUAACACGUAAAAUGUACACGUUAAUUUAAUUUGGGGAUUGGUAGCUUUUUGUUGGUGUCAAAUCACUUUUUGUCCUGGACCGGGACUAUACCACCCUGUUCUCCCCACUGCUAACUGGUAGUUCACCAUCAUAAGGAAUAAGAAAACAUUAACCCCAGUGCUCACUAUCUUUAUAUCACUGUUUUUAUAAUUGUUGAUAUUAUUUCUUUUUAUCAAAAUGCAUCUUUGAAAAAGCCCAACAGAUACAGUUUAAAUCAGUCAUGUCUUCUUCUCCUUUCACAACUUUGUAUAUUUGUAUCUGCCUCUGUUUCUUUAGCAUUGUCUUAUUAGAUAUGCUUUCUCCUCUUUUUGUUCUGUCCUUUCAUUGCUGUUUGUGACAGACAUGUCUCUUAAUGGACCUUGUUUAUUAUGGAAAUCCAUAGCUAAAUGUCUUACAUAUUACCCAAAAGCUAAUGGCAGCUAACAUUUAAUAGACUUUCUACUUUCAGUCUGUAUUUUUUAAUUUUUUUUCUAGACAUUUUUAUUAUGGUCAAACCAAGACUUUUCUAUUUCUGCUUAGAUCCCUGUACAUAGUUAUUGAUGCAAAAAUUGCUUUUAUAGUUUAUUUUAGUUUUUUUGUUUUAUUAAACUCAUUUUAACUAC